UUAUUUCCUCGAAUAAGAAAAAACGUCAAUUUCAAUUGGUUAUUUUAAAUUUCAUAACUCCAUUUCCGUUUUGGGAUAAUGCCGACUUCGAGUAGUUGCCGACUUCUCCUAUGAAAUACGGAGUACUUGUUCGGAUACGGGAGGUUGAUGUUGGGCUGACUAGUGAGAGUGAUGGAGCUCUUCGUCCGGCAGAUAUAUUGCUCUAUUCAUGGGAUGGCGGUCUAGAUGUUUGUGUUGACUUGACUGGGUCUUCCCCUAUGACGCAAUCGUGGUUGUCAGGCUUCGUUCCGGGUCGGGUUGUGGCGGUUGCAACGCAACGGAAGCAGGAUAAGUAUGCGGCACGUUGUAGGGCUUUGGGUUACGGUUUCUUUCCUUUUUCCUUCUCUUCUUUCGGGGAAUUAGAGAAAGGAGCUGUUUCGUUGCUGAAGCGGGUCCAAGCGUACUCCAGGGCUCAAGACAUUGGGGCGCGGACAGCUGCCCACAUUUUCAGCAGGAUCGGGUUCGCCAUAGCUAGAGGAGUGGGGGCCCAGAUUGUAUCUCGGCUCCCCUCCAACUUCUUGUAGUUUACUUGAUCUUUGUAGCUUGUUAAGCUUGU